UCUCCCGCACCCGCACCCGCUCGCCAAACCCUAGCCGCCGCCACUGCCAUCCACCUCAUCUCCCCAAUCCAGAUGGAGAUCCAAAGCCCUAGGCCGCUCUCCCCCGCUCCACCUCCGUGUCCAUGGCGACAGACGCCUCCCCCCUCCGGCGCGCAAGAGCCCGGGGCCUCAGCCGGCGACGGAUCCCCCUGAAGACGACACCCACCGCUGCCGGCAGGGUACAUCUUCAUGUGGAGCGGUGAGACCAGGCCCGAGUGCUUCAGGUACAGGGUGUUGGGCCUGCCGCGGGGGAAGCUGGACGCCGUCUCCCGGAUCAGGCACAGCGCCGCGCUCUUCCUCUACGACUUCCACGCCAAGUACCUCUACGGGCCCUACCGUGCCAAGACGAUGCACGCGCUGCUGGCGGGGCUCGGCGAGGACGACCGCCGAGUGGGGCUGCGCAAGACGCCCAAGCGCGUCGCCAAGGCCUUCCGCGACGACACCCGAGAUGCAGAGGCCGCUGUUCUUCCUCCGUACAGCCGGGGGCGAUGCAAGCACCUGACGCCCACGUCCUCAACUUUAGCAGUUCAGCAGGAUGUUGCGCUUGCUACUCACGUUUUCUGAUGCCGCAACAAAGGACUAUAUGUGGUUUCUUCAGUGGGGUUGUCGCUGUCGCUCCUCAUGUUCAAUAACGUUUCAGCUCUAACUUGGUUAUACAGCAGUUCAAUUCAGUCAAUCUGUUGGAACUAGUUUGUCUAUUACUUGUAUACAUAUUUUAUAUCCUGCCCUAUGCCCUUGUCGACUUGCUUAGGUACAUAAUUUUUAUGUCUUGCAAUCUGGUAUUGAUGAUUGUCAAUGUAUUCAUGUAUACCCCCUCUCUCUCUCUAUUUUUCUGUCAGUAGCUAGUAGCAUAAGUUGGAGCUGGUUGUACCAGGAACUUAAUCUGCAUUUAUUCAACCAGAUCAAGUACAAGUACAUUAGUUCGUAACCUGCUAUUAAUACAUCUCUUAUUCAUAAAUUUCCUGAUUGGUGAUGUUACUGUAGAUAUGAUGUAGGUUCAGUGCUUACUAUUUUUUGAUUUGAUGCAUGUUACCUUCGUUUCUGUCUAUGCCUUCUUUAGUGUUUUGCCAGCUAACUAGUCUAUUGGUCGUUUUGAAAUAUGAAGAUGCUGCAUGUAAGCACUAUUGCUGGCAAUUUGGCACAUCAUAUUAGUCUUAUCCCAUGUUUUGUCACUAGCAUACACUACAAUCCCUUGCCCUGUCACUACCAUACACUACAGUUUUAUUAAAAGGGGGCAUAUCAUUUGCUCUAUAUAAUAGUGCUGAUUUUGCGCUGAUAUGAACUUACAACAGUAUUACAUUGUAGUGUUUUCUGCAUGUUGUUGUAUCACUAGUUUCAUGUUGCCUUCUCAUUUGAACAUAUUACUUGUUUUUGUUUUUAUCCUUGAUUAAUAUCAAUUGUUGUAUUGUAGACUUAAAAUUGUGGUGGUUCCUCCUUUACAGAAGCUCAAGUGUGAAGUCGUGAAGUGUGAAGCAAGUGUGAAGCAAGUGUGAAGCCAAGUGUGAAGCCGUGAAGUCCAACUCAUUGUAGCAUAUCUGUGUUGUAAAGAUUGUAAUACAUUUAUUUAGUGGUAUAUUUGAUGAAUUUUAUGCGUUCUUUGUUCUAUUUGAAAUAUUGAUUAUGUAUGUGAUUUGAAAACUUGUGGAAUGGAAAC